UGACAGUUAAUGCAAAGCUUAGCAUAACCUCUAAACGUAAAUAAAUAUCAGUCACUUAAUGAGCGAAUUGCUAUAAAUUAUUCAAAUUAUAGUGGAUUAGAUUAAAAUAACGAACUAGUUUUAUUAUUAUAAAAUCAAUUUAUUACAGGGAUAGACGAAUAAGUCACAAUGUCUAUCGAAAUAGAAUCCGCAGACGUGAUCCGGUUGAUCCAGCAGUACCUGAAGGAGUCGAAUCUCACGCGCACGCUUCAGACGCUGCAGGAAGAAACAGGUGUGUCACUGAACACGGUGGAGAGUGUGGACGGAUUCUGCGCGGACAUCAACAGUGGGCACUGGGAUGCCGUGCUGGGCUGCGUAGCGGCACUCAAGCUGCCGGAGCGCAAGCUGGUGGAGCUGUAUGAACAGGUGGUGCUGGAGCUGAUCGAGCUGCGCGAGCUGGGCGCGGCGCGGCAGCUGCUGCGCAACUCGCACCCCUGCAGGCUGAUGAAGCAGCACCACACGGACCGCUACAUACACCUCGAGAACCUCCUGUCGCGCUCGUACUUCGACCCGCGCGAGGCGUACGGCGCGGGCGGCGGCAAGGAGCGGCGCCGCGCCGCCAUCGCCGCCUCGCUCGCCGGCGAGGUCUCCGUCGUGCCGUCCAGCCGCCUGCUGGCGCUGCUGGGGCAGGCGCUCAAGUGGCAGCAGCACCAGGGGCUGCUCCCGCCAGGCACAACCAUCGACUUGUUCCGCGGCAAGGCCGCCAUCCGCGACGAGGAGGACGACCAGUGCCCCACGCAGCUGUUCAAGACCAUCAAGUUCGGGCAGAAGUCGCACGUGGAGUGCGCGCGGUUCUCCCCGGACGGCCAGUACCUCGUCACCGGCUCCGUCGACGGCCUCGUUGAGGUGUGGAACUUCACAACGGGCAAGAUCCGUAAGGACCUGCGUUACCAAGCUCAAGAGGAAUACAUGAGCAUGGAGGAAGCAGUGCUCAGCCUAGCGUUCGCGCGCGACUCCGACACGCUCGCCGCCGGCGCCAACGACGGCCGGGUCAAGGUGUGGCGCGUGUCGACGGGCGCGGUGCAGCGGCGGCUGGAGCGCGCGCACUCCCGCGGCGUGACGUCGCUGCAGUUCAGCCGCGACUCCUCGCAGCUGCUGUCGGCCUCCUUCGACCGCACCGUGCGCAUCCACGGCCUCAAGUCCGGCAAGCUGCUGAAGGAGUUCCGAGGGCACACCUCCUUUGUUAACGAGGCGGUGUUCACGCCCGACGGGCACGGCGUGCUGUCCGGCAGCAGCGACGGCUCCGUGAAGCUGUGGGCGCUGCGCACGGGCGAGUGCUCCGCCACGCUCAAGCCGCUCGGCGCCGCGGGCGAGGCCGCCGCCGGCGCGGAGCCCCCCGUCAACACGCUGCUACUCACACCCAAGAACCCCGAGCAUUUCGUCGUCUGCAACCGGACUAAUACCGUGGUGAUAAUGAACACGGCCGGGCAGACGGUGCGGUCGUUCUCGUCGGGGCGGCGCGAGCGCGAGGGCGGAGCCCUGACGUGCGCCGCGCUGUCCGCCCGCGGCCGCCUCGUGUACUGCGCCGGCGAGGACCUCGUGCUGUACGCCUUCUGCGCCAACACCGGCAAGCUCGAGCGGACCAUCAACGUCCACGAGAAGGCGGUGAUCGGCAUGACGCACCACCCGCACCAGAACCUGCUGGCCACCUACAGCGAGGACGGCCUGCUCAAGCUCUGGAAACCCUGAGCUCACCUGGCGUUUCCGUGUCUCAUAACGAUCGGAGCUUUAAUGCCAUUUACAGUACAUAUGGUCCUAUUUUCCCGCACUAGUGCGUAAAAUAGCACUUUUCAUGCGUAUGUCAAAAGUUUAAAGGGCCAUAUGUACUGUAAAACGUUGUACGAUACUCUUGGAAAGUGUCUUUGUAAACUAAUAGAAUCUUGUCAAUCCACGUGCGAAUAGGUAAUUUCCUCUUUUCCGCACUUGUAUCGUAAAUAACUAUUCCAGUGCUGCAGAUUGUCAUGAAGUCUGCAUUGGAUUCAAUUAAUUACUAUUCAACACACUUGCUCGUGAUGUGAAAGUUAUUGAACCGCUUUUAGGCUCGUAAUCCUUGAUAAUACCCGUGUGUUUUUUCAUUAUAAUUAUCGAACUCUUGCGGUAAUGUUAUAAUUGCCAAACUAGUGCGGUAAUGUAUAUGGACACUUUUUAGAAUUGAAAUUUGAAAUUAAUAUUUAAUUAAUAUAUGUAUAAUGUUUGUUUUUUCCUCGCAAGUGUGUUGAAAAACGUCGUAUGAAACACGUGUGCUUUGGUCAUUACACACAUCGGCCCGCUUCCAGCUCGCGCGCACAAUAUCGCCUCGAGUGUAAUCUAAUGACCAUAAUGGUUCAUAAUGUAUUAAUAAUCCACGCACGCUCCAAAAUUGUAAUUAUUAUUGUUUGUUUCCAAAAACAUCCCCUGUAGGAGAGUUUAAUUUAGGUCUCUUUACUCACUGCGACGUUACUUCGUUGCGGUGCUGCGUCACUUUCGAUUCACAUAAUUAAGAAAGAGAUACAAAUUUCGCAACCCGAUAACAAACCACGAAGUGAAUGGGAUGAGACGCGCGACCGCGACCAUUAUCGACAUUUUGACUUGAUAUCUUUAAUUUAUGUAAUAUAAGGU